AUGCGCCAGGUCUUUGCCUCAGCUGCAAUAGCCACUGUUUGCCUAGUGCUCCUUCUCACCAUGACCGGGGCACGAGCCGCAACCAACUAUCUGGCCAACCCCUCGUUCGAGGCUCAGAGCAGCGGUUGGGGACAGGAGCCGCCCCCGCUCUGCGCCGCCGAGGCCGGCGGGGCGCGCACCGGCAACUACUCCGUGCACUGCACCGUCAGCACCGCCGCCACCAACGGCUGGUACCAGUUCCGGGGUCCCACCAACGGCCUGGUCUUCGGGGUCUACUACCGCGUCACGGCCUGGUACAAGUACCGCAACUUCAGCCCGUCGGCCAACCUGCUGCUCUUCUUCGAGAGCCGGGACUACACGACCGGGGUCUACUGCUAUCACAACAAGACGGCCUGCGGCAGCGCCACGGCCGACUGCUCGCAGGGCGGGUGGAUCCAGAUGAGCUGCCCGUCGGUCAUGCUCUUCCCGGAGAAGAACUACGUCUACGGCUGGGCCCUGCGCGACGGGACGGGCGAGUACUGGAUCGACGACGUGGCCCUGGAGGUGAUCGACACCGUGGAUGUGGUGCGGAGCGCCGACAUCACGGCCUGGCGCCAGGAGGUCUACGACGAGCCCGUGGAGCUGAUCGCCGAUCUGACGGUCCAGCGCACCGCCUUCGAGAAGGGCGACUGGCUCAACAUCACCGCCGUGGUGGUGCGGAAUGAGGACCAGGUCGUGGUCAAGCGCCUGACGGAGUGGACCCUCAAGCGGCGGUGCGAGAACAUCGUGGCCUCGUUCACGUUCGACCCGAGGCCACUGGCGCCGGGCUUCUACACCCUCAACGUGACGGUGGUCAACAACCUGUUCGGCGGCCGCACCAAGACGGUGAGCACCAACAUGCACAAGCUGGCGGCCAAGCGCACCUACAAGAUGUACGUCGACAAGGACCUGCGGCUGAUCGACAACGGCCGGCCCUUCUUCCCGCUCGGCCUCUACAUGGAGAGCCUGAACGACACACAAAUCGACCUGCUCACCGACAGCCCCUUCAACCUGAUGAUCCACUGGGCGCAGUGGAAGUCCCGGAUCGACUACAUCCACCAGCGGUCCAAGGGGCGGCUGCGGGUGAUCGACCAGCCCAUCCAGCACAUGGCCACCACGUCGACCAACGCCACGAUCGUCGCGCAGUCGGUGCAGAGGGUGGUGGACCAUGUGGAGUCGAUCAAGGCCAGCCCGGGCCUGUUCGGGUACUACCUCUACGACGAGCCGUCGAGCGCCCAGUCCUUCAUCAACAACCUGCGCGCCGAGACCCUCGGGAUCCGCGAGGCCGACUACGAUCACGUGGUGUUCCCGGUCAUCAACAACCGGCUGCAGAUGCACCGCUACAAGGAGAUGUACGACGUGACGGGCGUCGACAUCUACCCGCUCCAGACCUACGACGACCUUCACGCCGUCUACAUCGUGUCGUACCAGGCCCGGUCGCUGGUGAUGAACAACCGCGCCUUCUGGAACGUGCCGCAGAUCUUCGACUGGAACUGCUACCUGCCCGACAAGACCAGCGAGCGGCCGCCCACCGAGCAGCAGCUGCGGCAGAUGACCUACCAGAUGAUCGCGGGCGGGGCCAACGGCAUCAUCUACUACGAGUUCGACUGCCUGUGGAAGAUGGACAAGAAGACCCCUUUCGACCAGGAGUGGGCCAAGGUCAAGCGCGUCGCGGCCGAGCUCCUGGACUACUCGCCCGUCAUCCUGUCCAACGAGGCCGUCCACCCCAACUACACCUUCCCCGAGCAGUGGGCGCGCGAGGUGAACGAGGGCCGGGCCUGCGGCGUGCGGUUCUGGCGGCACCAGGGCCGGGACUACGUGCUCGCGGUCAACCCCUACGCGGCCAAGCAGAAGACCUGCGAGUUCGGCAAGCCCCGGACCGCGACCGAGUUCCACAAGCUGACCGGCGCGGCCGCGAUGACGCUCAGCGACGACCGCAUCACCCUGGUCAUGCCCCCGAUGGACGUGGUCUGGAUCGCUACCGGGGCCGACCCCGCCGGCGCCGACUCGGGCGACGGUGACCUAUCGGGGGGAGCCAUCGCCGGCAUCGUGAUCGGUGUCCUCGCCGGCGUCGCCAUCCUGGCCGCCGCUGCCGCCCUCGUCGGGUUCUGGUUCAUCAAGAAGAGGAAGGCGAGUCUUUAG